AAAUAAGAGACGAGGCAACUAUUACCUUAGUUCCGACAUUUCGCUGGUUCAAAGAGCAGAAUGAAAUUGGUCUUCAGUUUGAUAAUAUGCCUGGAACUAAUACUGCUGGUUACGGCCCUAAGUGCCAAGCGACGAUGUGUUGUACCAAGUCCCACGACCGUAACACCCACAACGGAAAAAACGGAUAAACCAACGACUGAAAUCCCGCCAACGAUACCCACAGAUUCUCCUCCAAGUCCAACCGAUUCUCCAAGCCCAACAGACUCUCCCAAUCCAACUGAUUCGCCUCCAAGCCCAACUGAUUCUCCAAACACAACGGAUUCUCCAAACCCAACAGAUUCCCCUAACCCAACUGAUUCUCCUCCAAAUCCAACGGAUUCGCCAAACCCAACAGAUUCUCCUCCAAAUCCAACGGAUUCUCCAAACCCCACAGAUUCUCCUCCAAGUCCAACCGAUUCUCCAAACCCAACAGACUCUCCCAAUCCAACUGAUUCGCCUCCAAGCCCAACCGAUUCCCCAAACACAACGGAUUCUCCAAACCCGACGGAUUCCCCCAAUCCAACUGACACUCCUCCUAGUCCAACGGAUUCUCCAAACCCCACAGAUUCUCCUCCAAGUCCAACCGAUUCUCCAAACCCCACAGAUUCUCCUCCAAGUCCUACCGAUUCUCCAAACCCAACAGACUCUCCCAAUCCAACUGAUUCUCCAAACACAACGGAUUCUUCAAACCCAACGGAUUCCCCUAACCCAACUGAUUCUCCUCCAAGUCCAACGGAUUCGCCAAACCCAACAGAUUCUCCUCCAAGUCCUACCGAUUCUCCAAACCCAACAGACUCUCCCAACCCAACUGAUUCGCCUCCAAGCCCAACCGAUUCCCCAAACACAACGGAUUCUCCAAACCCGACGGAUUCCCCCAAUCCAACUGACACUCCUCCUAGUCCAACGGAUUCUCCAAACCCCACAGAUUCUCCUCCAAGUCCUACCGAUUCUCCAAACCCAACAGACUCUCCCAAUCCAACUGAUUCUCCAAACACAACGGAUUCUCCAAACCCAACGGAUUCCCCUAAUCCAACUGAUUCUCCUCCAAGUCCAACGGAUUCUCCAAACCCAACUGAUUCUCCUCCAAGUCCAACGGAUUCUCCAAACCCAACUGAUUCUCCUCCAAGCCCAACUGAUUCUCCUAACCCAACAGAUUCUCCAAUCCCUACGAAUUCCCCAUACCCAACUGAUUCUCCAAACACAACAGAUUCCCCAAACCCAACUGAUUCUCCUCCAAGUCCAACCGAUUCUCCAAACCCCACAGAUUCUCCUCCAAAUCCUACGGAUUCUACAAACCCUACGGAUACUCCAAACCCAACGGAUUCCUCGAAUCCAACUGGCUCUACUUCAAGUCCCACAGAUUCUCCAAGUCCUACUGAUUCUCCUCCAAGCCCAACUGAUUCUCCGAAUCCAACAGAUUCUCCUCCAAGCCCAACUGAUGCUCCUAACCCAACUGAUUCUCCUCCAAGUCCAACGGAUUCUCCAAGCCCCACAGAUUCUCCGAGCCCAACUGAUUCUCCAAACACAACAGACUCAACCAACCCAACUGAUUCUCCAUCAAGUCCAACGGAUUCUCCAAGCCCAACUGAUUCUCCAAGCCCAACGGACUCUCCCAGCCCAACGAAUUAUCCAAGCCCAACUGUUUCUCCAAGUCCAACGAACUCUCCCAGCUCAACUGAUUCGCCUUCAAAUCCUACCGAAUCUCCAGUGAACAGUGAUGUCACUACGGGAACAACUCUUUCCACAACAUCAACUACGGAAGUCUACGUUGAUGCAGAUACUAUGUGCAAGAACCAUCCUGGCGUGGAGUAUUUGCCCUAUCCCUAUGAUUGUCGUCUGUUUAUCAACUGCGAAGAUGACAAGGGUUAUAUAAAAACUUGUCCAUCAGAUCUCCUUUGGGAUUCUAAGAACAAUAGUUGUGGCACUACUUGUGCCUGAAGAAUUCCGAAUUGAACUAAAGCCAGGAAUUAAUUUAAAGUUUGUUAUUAUUAAAAGCUUGGUUGAGCGAAAAAUAAAAAAAAAUAGUGCAUACCAUAA